AUGUCUGCCAAAGUGCCAAAGUCGUUCGAAGACGUCACAAUGACUGCGAGUACAAGUAAAUCGACAUGUGUUGGAGUCAUCAGUACUACUACUCCUGAACUUAAAUCCCAAGAUGUGUGCAUAGCAGAAGGAUGCAAUAAUGCAGCUGUUCAACAUCCAGAAUGGGACAAUGAAUAUUGUAGUGUUAGUUGCACGUAUAAGCACUGCAAAGCCACAUUUUUAGAUUGGCUAGCAAAUAAUAGAUAUGCAAAAGCAAAAGCAUUGCAAAUGGCUGCUGCUCAAGUAAACUCACCUGUUAAACCUGAUGAAGAACAAUCAACCACUACAUAA